AUGGAGAACGUAGCACAGGCGGUAGGAGUGGACGCAGUGGGUCUAAUAUCGAUGAUCGUAACGGCCGCCAGGAACGUCAAGACGCAUCGGAAGAACUGCGAGAAAAUGGCACGGCAUGUGAAGAUGAUCAGGAACUUGCUGGAGAAGCUUAAGUCUACGGACCUCAGGAAGUUUCCGGCAACCGGAGAACCACUGGAGCAACUAGAGGAUGCACUCAGGAAAGCGCUCGAUCUUGUGGAGAGUUGCAGAGAGAGGAGUUACCUGUACCUGUUGGCCAUGGGAUGGAGUAUAGUAUAUCAGUUCCGUCAAGUUCAGACCGAGAUCGAUCGCUACCUCAAGCUCGUCCCUUUGAUCUCGCUCGUCCACGGUUACCGCAUUCAGCCACAGGAUCAUUUGCAAGCUAUCGAAGAUGACAAUCGAAAUUACACUUUAGAUGAAGAUGAUGCAGAGGCUCAAGGGGCUGUGUUGAAGUCUGAUCUUACCAAUGAAGAUGCAAAAAUUUUGGAGAAGUCUCUCUCGCGCCGGUAUCCUCACUUAGAAUUCAGUGAGGCUCUUCAGGAGGAAAAGAAUAAGUUACACGUUGAGUUGCAGAGGUCACAAACUGUCAACAAUAUCCAAGAGUGCACUGUGAUUCAACAUCUCAUUGAGGUUACAGAGAACGUUAUUAAUGUGUUUCCUGAAAAGGAUGGGACUAAACACCGACAAAUUACUUGCACUGGACCAGGGAAUGGAUCUACGCCAAAAACCAGUACCAAGUCUCGUGACUUGAAAUCAGAAUGUCACAGCAAAUCCGAGUGGCAAACUGAUCUUUUUGAUUGUUGCAUUGAGCCUCGUCUAUGCGUGAAGACUUGCUUCUGUCCAUGUGCCACCUUUGUAUCAAUAGCAAAUGUGGCAUCGAGAGGAAAAAUUUCUAAAGGACAAGCAUGCCAUGACCUGAUGGCUUACUCCUUUGUACUUGGAUGUUGCUGUUAUACUUGUUGCAUGAGAGGAAAACUUAGGAAACUAUUUUAUAUAAAGGGAGGCCCAUGUGAUGACUUUUUAAGUCAUGUCAUGUGUUGCUGUUGUGCGCUGAUUCAAGAGUGGCAUGAGAUUGAACUCAGAAGCCACGACGGUUACCAGGGGAAGAAUUUGAGCCCUCCACCGUUUCAGGAUAUGAAGCCUUAAACCUGUCAUUUAAUCCCAUGACUGUCUUGUUUCACUGAAUAUAUUGCUUGCUCUCUUGUAGUUGAGGAUAUAUACCUCCUACACACACAAGCACAUAUACAUUGCAUAUAUAUACAGAGAGAGAAUCUGGUAAAAAUAAGGUGGACAGAAAAUGAAGCAGGGGGCUAUGUAAACAUGGAAGAAAAAUGUCAAUACUAUGUGGCUGAUUUAUCAGGUGAAGUUGAACUGGCUGGGAUUUUAUAUUUC